CGGCGAGGCGAUGGCCGUCGUCCGAUGACACAUUACUGAUUAGUAAUUUGAGUUUUGACGUUAUGCACUUAUGCUUUCCCCAAAAUGAAAUAGAACAAUUAGUGUUAGAUAAUUGUAUAUUUUAUAACAAUGACGUGAUAGGGUGUGAUUUAUUUGAAAGAAAUGUUUGUGGGCGUUAAUAAGUAAAGUGUUAUAUCCUUUAUCAAACAUAUACCACAUUUGUUCACGAAGAUGACUGCCGCAGAGUUUUUCAGUUGUUCUCUUCUAGCCUUCGGAGCGCCUUUGGCUAUGUUCGCUUUAACGAUAGCCAACGACCCUGUGCGGAUCAUAAUCAUGAUAGCUGCAGCGUUUUUUUGGCUGCUAUCAUUUCUACUGUCUUCGAUGCUGUGGUACGCCGUGGUACCCCUACGGUCCUAUUUAGCUUUUGGAAUGGUUUUCGCGAUAUUAAUCCAGGAGACUUUUCGCUUUGGUGUGUAUCUUCUAUUGAAAAGGACUGAAUCAGGAUUGAAGGAAAUAUCAGAAAACCAUGAGAUUGGUAGUAAUAAGGCUGAGAUUGCUUAUGUGUCAGGCUUUGGGUUCGGAGCCAUGAGUGGGGCAUUUGCAAUCAUUAAUGUGUUGGCAGAUUCUAUUGGUCCUGGAACGUUAGGACUUCGUCAUGGAACGGAAUACUUCUUUGUUACGAGUGCGUCUAUGACUCUCUGCAUGACGCUGCUCAACACAUUUUGGACCGUCAUCUUCUUUAAUGGACUGGACAAUAAGAGCUACUUGAAGAUCCUGUGGGUGAUCGGCUCACAUUUUCUAGUGUCCGGAUUGAGUUUACUCAAUAGGAAAGAACUGUAUGCGGCUACAAUAAUCCCAUCAUACAUAAUUCUUGUAAUAACUCUAUAUAUAUCAUUCAAGUGCGCCGGCGGUUCUAGUAAAGGUUUUCUGCAGACAUUCCGGGCUAGAACUUAAGUAAUAACUUCUAUACAUGACAUUAGCUUAGUUUCAAUUUAGAUAUGAAAUACAAUACUAUAACAUCCCACAGUAAUCAUUGGUGAGGUUUACGGGAUAACUGUAUUAUUUUGCUUUGUAAUCCUUUUCAUUAUAAGUUAAAUAAUAUUCAUUAUAGCAAUACUAAGUAAAACCAAAUGGCCCCAAUGUUACUAAUACUUUAUUUUAAGGAAAUGCACUGAUAUUUUAAUUGAAUUACAUGUGGAAUGCCUUAUUUUUUAUGUUUAUAAAUUUAAUAAUAACAGCAGUUGUAUAAAACACUUGGACGGAACAAGGUCGUACACAUUGUUAUUGUUUCCUUAAGUAAUAAUAUAAAGACUUUUUAUAAAAUAAAUUAUUAAAUAAA